CGGGUGGCCCAGCCUCAGCCCGCCCCGCUCCCGCCCUCCCGCGCUCCUGCCCUCCCUCGCUCCCUCCCGCAGCCUCACCACGUAGGAGUUCGGAUUCUCCACCCGACUCGUCCUGAUUUCCCUUUUCCUCUCUUUUGGAAAGGAGAGAGGUGGAGGGAAGCAAGGAGGCUGCACAGGAGAGGCCCGCCUGCAAAGUGUUGCUCUGACACACCCUUACUAUGGAAGUUAAGUGAAAAAACAAAAAACAAAACAACAACAACAACAACAACAAAACCAAAACCAAAAAAAACAAAAAACCCCCAAACCUCCGGGACGUGUUGCUGCUACGGAGAGGAGACGGGACCGAAAAGCAGUAGGCAGGCCAAUGGUUUUUCUGCAGCGCGCUGGCAAGUUUGUGGAAUACUUUCUAGGAAUUAGGUCUUUUUCCUCCCCCGUCAUCUUCUUGACUUGUGAAGAAAGAACUUGGCUUUGGAUUGCAAUGGAGCCUAAGGAGAGAGGGUUAGACACACUUGAAUAAUCCCUCCGCCUGGGGUGAAUUUGUGGGAAUUUAGGAAGCCAGAGUGGAAAUACAGCAGCCUUUGAAGUGCCCUCCGUUAAUUUGGAUGGAUCUAAAUGUGCGCUAUUCAAGACCUCUCCACCAACCCCUUCUGAUCUUGAGAUUUGCUCUUCUUGACUAAUUAGUAUCUAGGAAAGACUAAACUUCGGAACUACCUCUUUUUUUGAUACUUAUUUUUGUAGUUUUCUCUCUGGGAUUGGUUUCUUAAACAAUCUGGAUCCUUUUUAAUAUGUCAAAAUGAGUCUGCUGAUGUUUACACCACUACUGCUCUGUGGAUUUUUAUAUGUUCGGGUUGAUGGAUCUCGUCUCCGCCAGGAAGACUUUCCCCCACGGAUUGUGGAACACCCUUCAGAUGUCAUUGUGUCUAAGGGCGAGCCCACCACCCUGAACUGUAAGGCGGAGGGCCGACCAACACCUACCAUUGAAUGGUACAAGGAUGGUGAACGGGUGGAGACCGACAAGGAUGAUCCCCGGUCACACAGGAUGCUCCUGCCCAGCGGAUCCUUGUUCUUCUUGCGCAUUGUGCACGGGCGCAGAAGUAAACCCGAUGAAGGCAGUUACGUUUGUGUUGCCAGGAACUAUCUCGGUGAAGCAGUGAGUAGAAAUGCUUCCCUGGAAGUGGCAUUGUUGCGAGAUGACUUCCGGCAAAACCCCACUGAUGUUGUUGUGGCCGCUGGAGAGCCUGCGAUCUUGGAGUGCCAACCUCCACGGGGACACCCGGAACCUACCAUCUACUGGAAAAAAGAUAAAGUUCGAAUCGAUGACAAGGAAGAACGAGUAACUAUUCGUGGUGGAAAACUGAUGAUCUCCAAUACGAGGAAGAGUGAUGCAGGAAUGUAUACCUGUGUAGGCACCAACAUGGUGGGAGAAAGAGACAGCGACCCAGCAGAGCUGACUGUCUUUGAACGACCAACAUUUCUCAGGAGGCCAAUUAACCAGGUGGUGCUGGAGGAAGAAGCUGUAGAAUUUCGGUGUCAGGUCCAGGGAGAUCCUCAACCAACUGUGAGGUGGAAAAAGGAUGAUGCAGAUUUGCCAAGAGGAAGGUAUGACAUCAAAGAUGAUUACACACUGAGAAUUAAGAAGGCCAUGAGUACAGAUGAAGGUACCUAUAUGUGUGUUGCUGAGAAUCGGGUGGGAAAAAUGGAAGCCUCUGCUACCCUCACUGUCCGAGCUCGCCCUGUUGCUCCUCCACAGUUUGUGGUUAGGCCAAGGGAUCAGAUUGUUGCUCAAGGUCGAACAGUGACAUUUCCUUGUGAGACGAAGGGAAACCCACAGCCAGCUGUUUUUUGGCAGAAGGAAGGCAGCCAGAACCUACUGUUCCCAAAUCAACCCCAGCCGCCCAACAGUCGAUGUUCUGUGUCACCAACUGGAGACCUCACAAUCACCAACAUUCAGCGUUCAGACGCCGGCUACUACAUUUGCCAGGCCCUAACUGUGGCAGGAAGCAUUUUAGCAAAAGCUCAACUGGAGGUUACUGAUGUUCUGACAGAUAGACCUCCACCAAUAAUCCUACAAGGUCCAGCAAACCAAACACUAGCGGUAGAUGGUACAGCGUUACUGAAAUGUAAAGCUACUGGUGACCCUCUUCCUGUAAUUAGUUGGUUAAAAGAUGGAUUUACUUUUCUGGGUAGAGAUCCAAGAGCAACUAUCCAAGAGCAAGGCACACUGCAGAUUAAGAAUUUACGGAUCUCUGAUAUGGGCACUUACACUUGUGUGGCUACAAGUUCAAGUGGGGAGACUGCCUGGAGUGCAGUGCUGGAUGUGACGGAAUCUGGAGCAGCAAUCAGUAAAAAUUAUGAUUUAAAUGACCUGCCAGGGCCACCAUCCAAACCACAGGUCACAGACGUUACUAAGAACAGUGUCACCUUGUCCUGGCAAGCAGGUCUCCCUGGAGCUCUUCCAGCAAGUGCAUAUAUCAUUGAGGCUUUCAGCCAAUCUGUGAGCAAUAGUUGGCAGACGGUGGCAGACCAUGUAAAGACCACCCUCUAUACUGUGAGAGGAUUGCGGCCCAAUACCAUCUACUUGUUCAUGGUCAGAGCAAUCAACUCCCAAGGUCUCAGUGACCCAAGCCCUAUGUCAGAUCCUGUGCGUACUCAAGAUAUCAGCCCACCAGCACAAGGAGUAGACCACAGACAAGUACAGAAAGAACUAGGAGACGUCCUCGUUCGUCUUCACACUCCAGUUGUACUGACUCCCACGACUAUUCAGGUCACAUGGACGGUGGAUCGCCAGCCCCAGUUUAUUCAAGGCUACAGAGUAAUGUAUCGUCAGACUUCGGGACUGCAAGCUACAUCCUCAUGGCAGAAUUUGGACGCCAAAGUCCCAACCGAGCGAAGUGCUGUUUUAGCCAAUCUGAAAAAGGGGGUGACUUACGAAAUUAAAGUUCGACCCUAUUUUAAUGAGUUCCAAGGAAUGGAUAGUGAAUCGAAAACAGUCCGUACUACUGAAGAAGCCCCAAGUGCUCCACCACAAUCUGUUACUGUGCUAACAGUCGGAAGCCACAAUAGCACAAGUAUUAGUGUUUCCUGGGAUCCUCCUCCACCAGACCACCAGAAUGGAAUUAUCCAAGAAUAUAAGAUCUGGUGUCUGGGAAAUGAAACUCGAUUCCAUAUCAACAAAACUGUGGAUGCAGCCAUUCGAUCUGUAAUAAUUGGUGGAUUAUUCCCAGGGAUUCAAUACCGGGUAGAGGUUGCAGCUAGUACCAGUGCAGGGGUUGGAGUAAAAAGUGACCCACAGCCAAUAAUAAUUGGGGGACGUAAUGAAGUUGUCAUUACUGAAAACAAUAACAGCAUAACUGAGCAAAUCACUGACGUUGUGAAGCAGCCAGCCUUUAUAGCUGGUAUUGGUGGUGCCUGCUGGGUAAUUUUGAUGGGUUUUAGCAUCUGGUUGUAUUGGCGAAGAAAGAAGAGAAAGGGACUCAGUAAUUAUGCUGUUACAUUUCAAAGAGGAGAUGGAGGACUCAUGAGCAAUGGAAGCCGUCCAGGUCUUCUAAAUGCUGGUGAUCCCAACUAUCCGUGGCUUGCUGAUUCAUGGCCAGCCACAAGUUUGCCAGUAAACAAUAGCAAUAGCGGCCCAAAUGAAAUUGGAAAUUUUGGGCGUGGAGAUGUGCUGCCACCAGUUCCUGGCCAAGGGGAUAAAACAGCAACGAUGCUCUCAGAUGGAGCCAUUUAUAGUAGCAUUGACUUCACUACCAAAACCACUUACAACAGUUCCAGCCAAAUAACACAGGCUACCCCAUAUGCCACGACACAGAUCUUGCAUUCCAAUAGCAUCCAUGAAUUGGCUGUUGAGCUGCCUGAUCCACAAUGGAAAAGCUCGGUUCAGCAAAAAACAGAUCUGAUGGGAUUUGGUUAUUCUCUACCUGAUCAGAACAAAGGUAACAAUGCCUUACUUUACAUCCCUGACUACCGAUUGGCUGAGGGAUUGUCUAAUAGAAUGCCACACAACCAGUCACAGGAUUUCAGCACCACCAGCUCUCACAACAGCUCAGAAAGGAGUGGCAGUCUAUCAGGUGGGAAAGGUGGAAAAAAGAAAAAAAAUAAAAAUUCUUCCAAACCGCAGAAAAACAAUGGAUCAACCUGGGCCAAUGUUCCUCUACCUCCUCCCCCGGUCCAGCCCCUUCCUGGUACAGAGCUGGAACACUAUGCUGUGGAAGAGCAAGAAAAUGGCUAUGACAGUGAUAGCUGGUGCCCACCAUUACCUGUGCAAACAUAUUUACACCAGGGCGUAGAAGAUGAACUGGAGGAAGACGAAGAUCGGGUCCCAACACCUCCUGUCCGAGGCGUGGCUUCUUCUCCUGCAAUCUCCUUUGGACAGCAAUCUACUGCCACUCUCACUCCUUCCCCGCGGGAAGAGAUGCAGCCCAUGCUGCAGGCUCACCUGGACGAGCUGACCAGGGCCUAUCAGUUUGAUAUAGCAAAACAAACAUGGCACAUUCAAAGCAAUAAUCAACCUCCACAGCCCCCUGUUCCACCAUUAGGUUAUGUGUCUGGAGCCUUGAUUUCUGAUUUGGAAACAGAUGUUCCAGAUGAUGAUGCUGAUGAUGAAGAGGAAGCAUUAGAAAUCCCCAGGCCUCUGAGAGCACUAGACCAGACACCAGGAUCCAGUAUGGACAAUCUAGACAGCUCUGUGACAGGAAAAGCCUUUAACUCCUCUCAAAGACCUCGACCUACCAGCCCAUUUUCUACCGACAGUAAUGCCAGUGCAGUGCUGAAUCAAAGUCAGAGGCCGAGGCCCACCAAAAAACACAAGGGAGGGCGAAUGGACCAACAGCCAGCAUUGCCUCAUCGAAGGGAAGGAAUGACAGAUGAUCUUCCACCACCACCAGAUCCCCCGCCAGGUCAGGGUUUAAGGCAACAAAUAGGCCCGAGCCAGCAUACUGGUAACGUGGAAAACUCAACAGAGAGAAAAGGAAGCUCUCUAGAGAGACAACACGCAUCCAACUUAGAAGACACAAAGAGCUCACUGGAGUGUCCAGCUAAGACCUCUCUAGAGUGGCAGCGACAAACCCAGGAAUGGAUAAGCUCCACAGAACUCCAAGAAGACACUCGGAAAGCCCCACACAAACAAGGUGUUGGAUCAGAGGAGGCCUUGGUGCCGUACAGCAAGCCCAGCUUCCCAUCUCCUGGCGGCCACAGCUCAUCGGGAACAUCUUCUUCUAAAGGGUCCACCGGACCCAGGAAAGCCGAGGUGUUGAGAGGGGGUCACCAGCGCAAUGCCAGCGACCUCCUCGACAUAGGAUAUCUGGGCUCGAAUAGUCAAGGACAGUUUACAGGUGAAUUAUAGUAACUGAGAGGAGACAUUCAAAGCUGCUCUGAAGGACCAUCAGGUCCGAACUCAUGGAAGUGAUGACACUAAACAGUGCAAUGAACAAUUUCUUUUAUUUAUGUACUAUUAAAAAAACUGUAAAUGCAAUGUAAAGACACACAGCCACACAUAUCCCACAGAUAUUUUACUUGUGUUCUUCUCUUAAGUAUACCACCCACCUUAACUCUUUCUUGUCAGGAGUAUAUAAAAAAGAAAGAAAACAAAACUCGAAAACUCACCCUCCAGGAAGAAAAGGAUUUUCCUCUGUAUAUAAUUUCUUUUGUGCAUUGCUAUGCAAGCUCACUCUUUUUAGCUCUGUUCAUAUUAUUGUCUGUUCUUAAUGGUCUGUUGUACUAUAUGUGAAUUAAUAGGCUGUGGUGCCAUAUAUUAACUUUUAAUUGUGUAACUUUUAUGUUUAAAUUUUGCACUGCAAUUUUAUUUGGUGAUAAGCACAAAUCUCUACUCCUCAUGACAUGAAGAAAGAUUGAAUGUGAAGGGAGUUUCUGUACUGUAAACUAGUUGGAUAAUGCUGAUGUAACCAAUCACAUUAGGUGGUUUCCAGUUGGGGUGUAGAAAUAGCAAGAUGCAAAGGAACAAUGGUAUUGGCAAAGUCUUCUUUGAAUCAAGAAGUGAGUCAAUUUAAAAGCAGAAAAAAAUGGCUUUUAUUAUUGACAAAGGUGGGGGUCAAAAGAAGGAAGUUUAAGUCUUUAGACUGACUAUGCAUUAACGUAGUGAAGAUGAACUAAUUUUGCUUUUAAAAAUGAUGAAGUUUUAUUUAGAAUCAAAUUUACCUAUAGUUGUAAUUGACUUACCUGAGAAUUGCAAGAAGCAAAACGAAAUUAAGGUGUUUCUCAAGAGCUGUACUCAUACUACAGUUUUUAAAUAGCAUUUUCUGAAUUAUAAUUAAUCUGUCCAACACAUUAAGUCAGAAUAUAACAUGAAGCUCCCCGAGGAAACAAACAAAAUGAACUCUAGAGUAUCUAGCAAAUAGUUAAAGAAGCUAUUUAUUAUUAGGACAUGCUCAGGCUGCUUCCAAAUAUGAAUUCUACUGCAAUAUCAUGUUUCAUCUUUCUAAUACAUGUACAGUACACAAUAGAGGUUAGAGCUGCAUCACUUAAAUUCAUGACUUUUAUAAAAAUAAUGCAGUCUAUAUACAAUUUUGUGUUUCAUUUGAUUAAGAAGUGAAGUCAAUGCCACCAAAUAUAUAGCCAAAUUGUAAGUGCUUAAAAAGCAGUGUCCAGAGUAUGUUCAGUUCACAAUAAGUAGAUUUAUUGAAAUAAAUACUUUAUGGUACAUUUUUAGAAAUUGGCUACGAGUUAAAAUCUGUUUGACCCAUUUUGAAUGAGUAAAUCGAAAAGGAAAAUUGAAAAGGAGAAAAAUGCAUGUUUAUUACACUUUUUAAAUAAAAACAACCCUUGUAAGUGGACAUUAAUAACAGUGUCCUGCCUCAUUUGUUUUCACAACUUUGAAAACAAGAAGUUCCUGAGCAUCAGUUAUAUACACUCAAAAUAUGUGACUUUCAAAUCCGUUAAGCUACUGUACAUGUAUAGUCAAUCAGUAAAGUGGAAGAUUCCUGUAAUUCCCAUCUGUGGUGUUUCCUCAUGAGCCACCUACACAGUCUUAAAUUCUGUUUCUGCCUAUAUUUUCCAGUGCUUUUUCUAUAUGUUCAGUAGCUUUUAGACUGAAAAAAUACUCAAUGUGAUUAUCAGGAUAAAUUCUAAAAUGGGGGACCCCUUGCAUGACAAUUCACUCUCUGUGUGUUAUUGGCUCAAUAUAGCUAAGGGACGACAUCAUUAAAUGGUUCCAUCAUUUUUAUUCCCUGAGACUGCAUCAGCACAGGCAGAAUAGAUUGCAGGCAUCUUGAUGGGCCCCACCAUCUUCUUGGUGCCACAUAGUUCGUUUCUUCACUGAAGAGAAGAAUUCUCAAACACACUUAUUAAACUGUCCACCAACUUUAUACCAUCAGUGCCUGAAUUCUAAUGCAGUUUGAUUUCUCUCUGGGACAGAGACUGGGAAAGGUGAAAAGUUUCUGCAAAAAUGAAUACAUGAUUAUUCACAACUAAGAUGUAACUUGUUUAUUUGUACAGUUUCUUGCUUCACCUUCCUACAUUUAAAAGCAAAUUUCCAAGAUGUUUUAUUCAUUUGUUUUCCUCUUGUAUGCUCCUCAGUAACUGAAUUUAGUUUAAAACUUCAGUUUAUUACACAUAUUACACAUUGCCUUGACCCUGAAUGGCUUGUAGUUGAUUAGUAAAUCAAAAUUUCAAAGCAGUAUCACUUUACAGAUUAUUUGUAGAAUAAUGGGGGGCAUAGCAUCAUAUCUUUCUGAUUUCAGUACAUAAAAUUUUUAAAAAAUACAUCAAUAUAGACCUUGUGGUUACUUGGAAUAUUCUUUUAGAAUAAUCCAUAUUGUCUGUUAAAUCUUAUUUUAAAUACUUGGAAUAUUCUUUUAGAAUAACCCAUAUUGUCUGUUACAUCUUAUUUUAAAUAAAUUGAUCUGCCAAAUCCAGCAUCUAAUAUACAUAGUGACCUGAUGUGGAGGAUAAUAUGUGAUAGCUAUAUGAAUCUAGGAACCAUAUCAAAAAUUAAAAGCUUUCACCAACUUGCUAUAUGUAAAAAGUUAUUAAUCAGUGUAAGUCAGAAUGUCAACAGAAAAAUACAAACCUGUCUAACAGCCACCUCGGUUUCUCUUUGUGUGGCUGAUUAAAUGAAUGUGAUUUGAAAUUCACUGAGCUCACUCUUUGCAGGUCUAAACAGGGGCCAGCAUACACACUCAGAUAGAAAUUCUAGGUGGAAGAGAAAGUCAUCUUCUCUUGCACUCCUAGGCAGUGACGCUAUGCAGCCAUGCCAGACACAAGCAUUAAUAAAAGGCAGAGUCUGCUUCUCAGUGCUCAAACUCAGGUAUGCCAGUGUAUGCAGUGGAGUCAGCUUACCUUCCUCCAAAUUUUGCCAUGCCAUAGUAAAAACAAGAUAGUGCAGGGGCAUGAUAACAAUUGUUUCCUUCACAGAAUUUUAAUCCAGUUUAAGAAAGAAGAUAGAAAAAUCAAGACCAAUGUGUAAGGUAUCACAAGGGAAAUAGAACCAUUACAGGUGUACUUGCUUUGAAUAACAAAUGUCAUGGUGUUCUGUGUCAUAGUUGAAACCUCUAGAUAUUUAAAUAUAUUUUCAAUGGGAUUUAGUUCAAAGUUUGUAUGUGCUUUGGUGGAACACCUCCUAAUUUCUCUUCAAUAUAUUUAUGUAAUUGUCCAUUGACAAUAAAACAGUAACAAUGCCAAUGAGCUCUAAAUUAUGGAUUACCUCCACUGGAAAGCUAUCAUGCAUCAGUAUUAACGAUAUGCAGAACCGUAACAUUCACUAAUGUUAGUUUCCUCAUCUGCUUCUGUAUGUUGUGUUUAUAGAAUGACAUGACAAACAUUGGUGUAAAGCAACAUGUCUUUCCACAUUAUCUUAGAGGUGAAGUUACAUUUAUUUUGCUCCUUUAUAAUGUGUACAUCAAAUGAAACACCAUUCAUUUUUAAGUGACAUACUAAUUUUCUUUAAUUUUUUGAUUUCAAAAGCAUUUAUUGUGAUUUUAAAAGUGUUGCAAGAUAAGGGAUUUUGUGGCCGUGGUAGAUUUUUUAUACUUUGUAUUAUAGGUGGAUUCUUUUUUUUUUUAACUCUAGUUUGUUUAAGUCACCAAACAGCGUCUAAAUCUUACUGUGUUUCAUUUGAUGUUGUUAGAUUGGCAAAGAAAUUGGCAUAAACAUUGGUUAAUAGUAUUGUCAAAGAAUUGUGUAUUGUGUACUCACUGGGAAAAAUAAAAUAUAUUCACAUUUCAAA